CAGUCCAUCUUAGCAUGUUUUGGACUGCGACAGGAAACCGGAGAACCCGGAGGAAACCCCACGACGAAACGAGGAGAACGUGCAAUCUCCACACAUGUAGAGGCAGGGCGGAGGCUUGAACCGUGUUCUCCAGGGGUGUCAGGCAACAGUCCCAUUGUACUGCGUAAUGUCCAGCCAUCCUCUUUUACAUAAAUGAUUAAAAUGAGCAAUAUUGUAUUUUUUCUCCAGGUGGAACCUCAAUUAGUCAGGUCUGAACAAAUACUUGCUCCGAGGUGGUGAGGUCACCGGAGUUGGAGGUGGAUAGAAAUGCUAUUAUAUUUAUUUCUAUUGUGUCAAAUUCUUCCAUCUGGACAAACGGCAUGUUCAAGACAUUUCUCUCAAAUCAGAAACUCAGUGGAAAGGUCAGAUAAUGUGUUCUUGGAGGAGGCUGGGGCACACAACGUGCUAAGGCGGCAUCUGCUGUUCAAUCGAUUCGACCUGGAGGCCUUCACGCCGGGGAACCUGGAGAGGGAAUGCUUCGAGGAGAUCUGCAACUAUGAGGAGGCCCGGGAAGUCUUUGAGAAUUACCCAGACACAGUAGGGGCCGCUCCGAUCAAAGAUCGCUCAGGGACACAAGGAGUCUCAUCCAUCAAGGAUAGAUGUGACUGCUCUUUUGGUUGGCAUCGUAGUGACUGGGGUUUCCAUUUUCCUCAUUGGUCUGCUGAUCUGGUACCUCUGCCAGCUGCAGUACAAAAACGCCUUCCCUCGUUCCCCCAGGGUCUCUCUGCAGCGGAACAAUGGUUCCCUAAUGGUUACGAGGCUGGAAGAGAUCUCCCUGCAGCCUGUAGGUCCACAUUCAGAGGAAAUGCACCCCCCCGGGCUCCCCUCCUACGAGCAAGCCCUGGCAACGUGCGGGCCUCACGAUGCCGCUCCGCCACCAUACCCAGGGUCCCGACCAGGGAGUCUUUCAGAAUGAAGCCUAUGAUGUGAUUCGGAGCGACAUUUUGGAGGAUUUCAGUUUUGUCUCUUUUUAUAUUAAUGAGUGUAAAUAUGUGCAGUUUUUAAAAAAAUGCUUCAAUAUAUACAUUUGCUAAAACUUUGAUACAUCAAUGAAUAUUCCAUGAGGUGAAUGGGAAGCAUGUUUAAGAUGCUGAUCAGGCUCUUUCUAUAAAAUGUUUCUGGCAGUUCCUUUUUAUUUCUUUUUUUUUUCUUUUCUUUUUCUUUCACGGCUCUUAUAAAACACUACUACUCACCUUAGGGUCUCUGAUUCAAACUAAGUAUGAAGAACCCCCCCCCCCCCCACACCCAACAUUUCUAACAUGGCAGUAGAUGUUCUGUGUACCAUUUUAAAUACAAGGAUUGUACAAGGCUUUACUGCUUGAUGAAGGGUAUUUUAAAUGAAUUUAUUAAUGUUAUAGUGCCGUGUGAAAUGCUCAGGGUUUUGCAGGUGUUAGGUUUCCUUACUGUAGAAUCGGAAAUGUACAGUGCAUAGGAUUCAAAGCUCAGCAUCAUUUUUGUUAAUUCUGCUUAUGCUUUGAGGAAGAGAGGUUGGCUGAUUGUAACAAAUGGUUUAUCUAUUCUAUAGUCCAUUGUAGUGGAACAUAACUUGAUGUGUAAAUUAUUAAAUCAUAUUUGCCCUCCUAAUGAGGAUGACAAUUUCUGGUUUAUCUAAAAGUUGGUUUUGUUCUAAAGAAUUAGUAGUAGACCUUUAUAGAGAAUUUUUAAUAAACAGAAUGUUAUUAAAUCA